AUGGGAGACAAAGACACUGUAGAGAAGUUCCUUGACAACAACCCACAGUUUGCUAAGGAGUACUACGAAAAGAAAGUCAAGGCAGAUGUGAUCACUGCUGCCUUCAACAACCAGGUCCAAAUCAAAGACCCGGCCUCUUACAAGGAUGUCACCACCAUCCAGGAGGCCGAGUUCAUAUUCGAGCUCGUUAAGGAGAUGCAGGGCAACGACCCGAUGGAGAAAGGCCUGCAUAAAGUUCUCCAGAGGAUUGCUCUGCUCAUCCAGGCAGACCGCCUCAGCUACUUUGGUUACAGGGCUCGUAACGGAACACCGGAGCUGUCCACAAUCCUCUUCGACGUGACGAACAACUCUGCAUUUGAGAAAAAUCUGGUGAACCCCAAUGUAGAGAUUGUUUUCCCCACCGACAUGGGAAUUGUUGGAUGGACUGCACACACCAAGAAACCCCAGAAUGUUCCUGAUGUGAAGAAGAACUCUCACUUCAGUGACUUUGUGGACAAACAGACCAAAUACACAACCAAAUGCAUGCUUACGGCUCCUCUUAUGAGUGGAAAGGAACCCAUCGGUGUCAUCAUGGCACUCAACAAACAAGGUGCUGAUGAAUUCUCUAAGAGCGAUCAGGAGCUCUUCAAUAAAUAUGUGAACUUUGCUGCUGUGGUUGUUCUCCAAGCGCACACUGCUUACAUGUGGGACAUAGAGUCCAGGAGAAGCCAGGUGUUGCUGUGGUCUGCAAGCAAAGUUUUUGAAGAGCUCACGGAUAUUGAGAGGCAGUUUCACAAAGCCUUGUACACCGUGAGGACUUAUAUCAAAUGUGAGAGAUACUCUGUCGGACUUCUGGACAUGACCAAAGAGAAGGAAUUCUUCGAUGAGUGGGCAAUCAAACUCGGAGAGCAGGAGGCUUACAAGGGCCCCAAGACACCUGAUGGCAGGGAAAUCAACUUCUACAAAAUUAUUGACUACUUGUUGGAGGACAAAGAGGAGAUUAAAGUUAUCCCCGGCCCUCCUGCAGACCACUGGGCUCUGGUUAGUGGACUCCCAUCAUAUGUGGCUGAGAAUGGAUUUAUCUGCAACAUGAUGAACGCUCCAGGAGAUGAGUACUUUGCAUUUCAGAAAGAAGCAGUGGAUGAGACCGGAUGGAUGAUUAAGAAUGUCCUCUCCCUUCCAAUUGUCAACAAAAAGGAAGAAAUUGUUGGUGUUGCCACUUUUUUCAACAGAAGAGAUGGCAAACCAUUCGAUGAGAACGAUGAACAAAUUACAGAAGCUCUGACACAGUUCCUCGGCUGGUCCACUCUAAACAGCGACACAUACGACAAGCUGAACAGGACAGAGUGGGGGAAAGAAAUUUCCCAGGAAAUGCUCAUGUACCAGACAAAGGCCACACUAAGUGAUGUGCAGACUAUUCUGAACACUCAAGAUAAGUUUGGUUCUGCACCAGAGGACUGCGACCAGAAGGAGAUGUACAAGCUGCUGAGAACCACUAUCCCUGAAGCCAAGUCGGUGGAGCUGCUUGAAUUCCGCUUCAGUGACUUUCCUUUGUCGGAGCAUGACCUCAUCAAGUGUGGUAUUCGCUGCUUCUUUGAAAUGGGGGUGGUGGAGAAGUUCAAAGUCCCAGCAGAGAUCCUGACAAGGUGGAUGUACACUGUUCGAAAGGGAUACCGCGACAUCACAUACCACAACUGGAGACACGGCUUCAACGUUGGACAAACCAUGUUCGCUCUGCUGCUAACAGGUAAACUGAAGAAGUAUUACUCUGAUCUCGACGCCUUCGCCAUGGUUGCUGCUGGAUUUUGCCACGACAUCGACCACAGAGGAACCAACAAUCUCUACCAGACAAAGAGCGCAUCCCCACUGGCAAAACUUCACAGCACCUCAGUGAUGGAGCGGCAUCACUUGGAGUACAGUAAAACACUGAUGGAGGAUGAGAACCUGAACAUCUUUCAAAACCUUCAAAAGCGUCAGUUUGAAACAGUGCAGCAUCUGUUUGAAGUUUGCAUCAUUGCCACUGAUCUUGCCCUCUAUUUCAAGAAGCGAACAAUGUUCCAAAAAAUAGUAGAAUCAAUGGAGGGGAUUCCAGACGAGAAAGAGAAAAUCGGCUACGUCUCCAACAACCCAACCAGGAAGGAAAUUAUCAUGGCAAUGAUGAUGACAGCUUGCGAUCUGUCAGCCAUUACAAAGCCAUGGGAGGUUCAGAGCAAGGUCGCGCUGAUGGUGGCCGCAGAAUUUUGGGAGCAGGGAGAUCUCGAGAGGACAGUUCUUGAGCAACAGCCAAUUCCAAUGAUGGACAGAAAUCAUGCUGAUGAGCUCCCCAAGAUGCAGUGUGGUUUCAUCGACUUUGUUUGCUCCUUUGUGUACAAGGAGUUUUCUCGUUUCCACACAGAGAUCAGCCCCAUGUUUGAGGGGCUGAAUAUCAACAGGGGAGAAUGGAGAGCCCUCGCAGACGUCCACGAGGCCAAGAUGAAGGCCAUCGAAGACGAGAAGAAAAGACUGGAAGGUGGAAACGAAGAAGGUCAAGAUGGCGGGAAGUCAAAGACAUGCAUCAUCUGCUAGAACAACAACGCCACCGAAGCAUUUAUGGAUGUUCGUCUGGAUGUGUAUUUGUACAGUGUGUGUAUGUGUUCACAGAUGAGGGAAUUCUGAUGUGCAAAAUCCAUAAAUUGUUGUUUUUAUAUGCUGUGCAAUUUUGAUCAUCUAUCCUCUGAUACAGAAAGCUAUCUUACUGGCACUAUUGAGUAUAUACAAUUUGUAUGCAGUACUAUGGAAACAGUAAAUAUGC